ACCUCUGACAACAUCACCUAAGGCAGCCCAAAAUCAACAACGCGAUCGCUACGCUUCGACUCCAGUUACACCGUUACGCGCUCAUAUUAUACCCAACAGUGUUUUUGUUCUUGCUCAAAGUUGCUCAAAGUUGUUCAACCAAGCUCCACGAGUAAUCACAAUAGUAGCGUCCCUCGCAUCAUCACGACUAUCACUAUCGCUACUCGUCAACCGUCCAGCUUAGACAAUGGAAUCACAAAAUCAAUCCGCACCAGCCCACCCUUCACAUAACCGACCUACACCAGUGUACGAUCCUACACAAGGUGGACACUAUGGUGCCUGUGCUGCACUUGCCUCGCAAGGCUUUGCGCCCGCAGAGCUCUAUACCGGUCCCUGGGCCAAUGUUCAUCAGGGACUCACAGGACAGUACAAGGAUAUCCUGACGACGUACUGGCAACAAACAAUCAGCCAUUUGGAGAGUGACACUCAUGAUUACAAAAUCCAUCAACUUCCCCUCGCCCGCAUCAAGAAGGUCAUGAAGGCGGAUCCUGAAGUCAAAAUGAUCUCGGCAGAGGCACCAAUCCUCUUUGCCAAAGGCUGCGACAUAUUCAUCACCGAACUUACCAUGCGAGCUUGGAUUCAUGCUGAGGAGAACAAGAGGCGCACAUUACAGCGCUCCGAUAUUGCCUCUGCACUUGCUAAGUCGGACAUGUUUGAUUUCCUGAUCGAUAUUGUCCCGAGGGAAGAAGCUACGGCACACGCUAAACGAACUACCACACAGCCCUCCGCCGCGCCUGUUCCAGGGCCGGGUCAGGCGCCAAUGCCGGGGCAGCAUGCCGGCAUGGCCCAGUCGGCUGGACAUCCAUCGUCUCACCCAAUGGCCACCGCAGAUUAUAUGGGCGGACAUGCCCUUGCUUCUGAGCAGGAUUACAGACAAGCUCCCAACAUGUAUCCCGGCCAGGCCCCUCCCGCCCCUUAUGGACAACCCCAAGCACAAGCGGCCAUGUAUAGUGAGAUGGAGGGCAUGUACCAACAAUAUUCGGCAAUGCAGCCGCAACAGGCAUCUAUGCCGUCUGAGGAGUUUGAAUAGGGGCCUCCUCAUAAGCAGGAUGAAAAGGAAGAGGUAAUUGAUCUAACGCUUACAUGACGACAAGUGCUCUUUCAACUCCUGUUGCGGCACAUAACAGUCGCAGCCUCAAAGUGGCCAUGUGGGUAGCUGCUAAUGCGAAAGAGUCUCUAGAUAUGCAAAAUGGACAAGCAUAUCUUGUAGUUUAGAGAGGCGUCUAGAAAUUGCUUUGCUUCAUUUCAUGAUAGCAAAGCGAGAUAAGUUGGAAAGUGGCGCAGCUCUCCCUGAAGGCUGCGCGGUAGGAGUAAGCCUACGUUGUGUUAGCUUUUGUCUUUUAAGGGGUUUUUCGUUGUUUUUGUUUAUUUUCAGGUGUUCCGGUGAUGGCAUACUUCUCAAGUAGGAUCGGCCCAUUGAGCACGUCAACUCGGCCAUAUUUCUUGUUGCGGAUUGAAAUAUCAUAAAAUUCUUCAUGAUUG